GAAAAAUUAAGAAGAAAGAACAAACGAUGAACUGAAAUGUCAUUAGUAACAUGCAUCAGCCGUUGUUGGAUGAUGCGAAGGAGGACACCGAUAAUGCUGAGUAUGCUGGUUUUAAAGAGGAUGCAGCAGAUAUGAAAAAUGUCCAGCUCAAAGACCAGUGUCGCCAGUGCGGUAAUAAACUGUGUUCCAUCAGCACCCUCAGGAAGAAGCUUCCAUGCAUCAAGUGGAUUCCUAAAUAUGGUUUGCGGGAGCUUCAGUGUGACGCGAUUGCGGGGUUCACUGUUGGACUUACAGUCAUACCGCAGGGAUUGGCAUAUUCCAAGCUGGCUGGGCUCCCACCUCAGUAUGGUUUAUAUUCUGCAUUCAUGGGUUCUUUCAUCUACUGCUUUCUCGGCACCUCCAAGGACAUCACGCUGGGGCCGACCGCCAUCAUGUCUCUGAUGACGGCAACAUUUGCCACAUCACCCAUCCCGCAGGAUCCUACAUAUGCUAUCAUUCUCUCCCUGGUGUGUGGAGUCGUUCAGCUAGUCAUGGGCACUCUUAACCUCGGUAUCUUGGUAAACUUUAUCUCAUACCCUGUCAUUAAUGCCUUCACAUCAGCUGCUGCUGUUACCAUAUCGUUUGGACAGGUCAAGAACAUCCUUGGCCUGAAAAACAUUCCAAGAGAGUUUGGACCAAUGGUUUACGAGACAUUUGCACAUAUAGGAGAAACAAGGAUUUGGGAUACCAUAAUGGGAUUGUGUUCUCUGGUUAUUCUCUUUUUAUUAAAGAAAUUGCGAACCAUUGAUUGGAAGGAUGAACCAGGUGCAGAGAUAAAGCUGUCACAGAAAAUAGCCAGAAAAGUUCUCUGGCUCAUUGGUACAGGUGCCAAUGCUGUAAUUGUGAUAGCGGCGGCGGGCAUUGUAGCUGUUCUCCAUAGUCAAAACAUCACUGGCCACCUGUCACUCACAGGACACUUGAAAGAAGGGUUGCCUCCCUUUAAAGUACCUUCAUUCUCUGUAACUAAUGGUACUGAAACAUACACAGCUGGUGAUAUUUUUAGUGGUAUUGGAAUGGGUUUCUUCAUUGUGCCUGUUCUAGGUCUUGUGGAAACUAUAGCUAUAGGCAAAGCUUUUGCAAGACGUAAUAAUUAUGUUAUUGAUGCCAGCCAAGAACUUAUAGCAAUAGGUGCAGCUAAUAUUAUUGGUUCAUUUGUAUCAUCAUAUCCUGUCACUGGAAGUUUCUCCAGAACUGCUGUCAAUGCUCAGAGUGGAGUGAGGACUCCUGCAAACGGAAUAUUUACAGGGGCAAUAAUCCUGUUGGCGCUGGCUGUCUUGACACCCUUAUUCUACUACAUUCCAAAUGCUGCUCUGGGUGCUGUCAUCAUAUCAGCUGUUGUCCAGAUGGUGGACUUCGCGAUCGUCAAGUCUCUGUGGAAAACCAACAAAAUGGAUCUGGUACCUCAUCUGUUUACGUUUGUUACAUCACUAGCCAUUGGUAUUGAGUAUGGAAUCCUCAUUGGAAUAGGAGUGUCCUUGCUCAUUCUUCUCUAUCCAGUAGCCAGGCCACCACUUAAGACAUUGGUCCGCCCUGGAAUCCUGCUUGUACAGCCGCAUCAAGGAAUGUUGUUCCCAGCAGCAGAGUACAUCAGUGAAUCAAUAGUCCAUAAAGCCACCAAAGGUGGUCGCCCGCGAUCUGUGGUACUGGAUUUCCAGCACAUUGUUAAGAUAGAUUAUAGUGCAGUACAGAGUUUGAAGCAGCUGUUUGCUGAAAUGAAGCGUAAGGGUCAGUGUGUUGUGUUAGUGCAUGUACAGCCUCAGGUGAUGUUUGAUUUACACCAGGCUGAGAUUCCAUUCCUCAUAAUCCGGUCUACAGUGGAUGAGGCCUGUGAGGAUAUCCUGGCACAAGCUGAUGGUCAUGAGAUGAUACUGCCACAAGAUAUAAGUGAUGAGGAACAUCCAGCUUUGGCUUGAGGUUGAAGAUCUGUUGACCAUCAACCAAAAGAUCAACCAUCAACCAGGAUAUUGUGUUAAUUGACCUGUACAGUGCAGGAACAGGAACAAAAUACUUGUUUUGAACUGAAUAAUAGUACAUGAUACCAAAUAUGCAGCAUCAUUACAUUAUGGUUUGGAAUUAUAAAAUGAUGAUUAAAAAAAGAAAACAGCAGAAUUGGCACAACAGAACAUAAUGGUUUUGAAUUUAAGAAUUUGCAGAUGGUAAGAAAAGAAAACUGAUGAAUAACAACAGAAUAUAAUGGUUUUAAAUCAAAGCAUUUGCCGAUGGUAAGAAAAGAAAACUGCUGAAUAACAAUAGAACAUAAUGGUUUUUAAUUUAAUCGUUUGCAAAUUUAAAAAAAAUCAAAAACAAGGAAACAGCAGAUUUCAGCAGAAUUGGCACAACAGAACAUCAUGGUUUUGAAUUUAAUGAUUUUAAAAUUAACAACAAAACAAAAAUAAAAUACACACAAAAACAACAUUAGCAAAUUAUGGUUUCAAUUUAAUUGUAGAGCAUGACACAAAAAAUGGCAUAUUAAAAAACAAUAGUUUUUAAUUGAUUAAUAGUAUAACAUACCAGAAUUAGAACACCAAAAUUAUAAACUGAAAUACAUGUAUGGUGUCUGGCUGCAGUGUUAACAAUGUACUGUUAGACAUGUAUAUUACACACAAACUAUAAAGAUGUCUUAUUAAAUUUAUGUUACUUAACGCACAAAAAAGUGUUAUUAAUACAAUAUUUAAUCUUCUAAAUAUGAAUUAAUAUAAAAACAGUCCAUUCAGAUUUGUUUCUGUCAAAAGCACAUGUAUAGUAUAAUGUAUAAGAAUGCAAUGAAAAUUAAAAACUGUAGAAAUGUUUUUUUAGCAAAUGAUAUGGCUCCAUAUUCCAGAAUGUCACUUACCAUUUUGAUGAUAGUCUGCUGAGCAAAGUAGAUUUAUUACUACCAUCUACUUAAAAGUUGUUUUCUUUUUUAUUAACUAUGUGUUUAUUUUUUGUAUAUAUUUUGGAAUAAUUUGUAUAUUACUACCCAGUAUUUAGAUGGGUUUUUUCUUAUAGUGCUAAAUAUUAACACAAUCAGUGUAUUUUUAUUUUUAUUCUUUUUGUUUAAUUUAAUUGUUUCCAAACACCGAAUAAUUUAUAUUUUCAAAGCUUUAUAGGUAAAUGUUUCAAAGAAUAGACACAUUUCAUAUUUGUGUCAUGUGUUUUGUUAUGUUCAAUUUUAUAUUUGUAUACUAAUGUUAAUUUACUUAUAUUUUACUAUUAUGUUUGUUAGUCCCAUUUUCAUCAAAUUAUGGUUUUGCUUUUUAUGCAUUCGUUUAAUUUUUAUUGUCUUGCCUUUGCGAAGUAAAAGGGUGAGUUGUUGGGUAUUACUUUUCCGAUGGCUGCAGCAAUGGUGUCAACUUUUACAAUUAGAUCAACAUUAAAGUUUUGUGCUUAGCUCCAUUUUUUAAAGACUAUAAGUUCUAGAUCAAUGAAACUUGGUUUAUAGUUGCACCUAUAAAUAUUCAUCACAAUGUAUGCAAAAAAAGAAACAACAUUAAUUAAAAUUUAAAUUUGUUAACUUGCAUCCAUAGAUGGUUAUUUCAAUGCUAAAAGUUAUAAUAUUAAUAGUAAUAUUAAUGAAUAAAUAUUAAUAUUAAUAUCAAUAUUAUAGUUUAAGCAUUGAGAUAACUAUCUAUGGAUGCAACAGUCGGGUGCAUCGAAUAUGUUUAUGGUAGUAGGCGAGACAUUUAACUCCAUGGAGUUCUUGUUUAAUAUCAAUUAUUUUGAAUUAAUAUGGAUCAGGGCUUCCAUAAUUUGGCACAAUUCAUAUUCAGGUGAUUGUGAUAUGAAAUUUAUAUACAGUUAUAUAUUUAUAGACCUAUGCUAAUAUUGGUAUAUUUUUAUAUUAUUUUUGUUUCAUAAUAAUUGUAAUAAAAUCUUCAUCCAGACAUUAAUUUACAAGAAUUGCUGUUUAAAUGUAGAUGUUACAUAAUAACCACAUGUCACCACCAUAAUAUAUUGUACAUGUCAACUGUACCCACUGAUCAAACAUCGAACUCAUCUGGCUUUUAUGUCAAUUUUUGGAAAAUGCCGUAGCUAGUGGGGUCAAGGUGGGGCAGUAUAGCCCCCAGAAAAAAAUUCGGAAAAAAUUAUAAAAACUUAAAGAAAAUUCUCUUCUUAAGCGUUUAAGGUGUUUUAGACUAUUAACUACUCAGUUGCGCCCCCCCCCCCCCCCCCAAAAGCUACGACCCUGAUUUGUAAACAUUAAUGAAUCCUGAACCUAAUUUGAGCCAGUCAUUUGAUGUAUUGGUGCAAUAAUUAUUUGAUAUUUUUACCAGUACAUUUUCUUCAAGAAGGGGGCGGGACGUAGCCCAGUGGUAAAGCGCUCGCUUUAUGCGAAGUCAGUCUGGGAUCGAUCCCAGUCGGUGGGCCCAUUGAGUUAUUUCUCGCUCCAGCCAGUGCACCACAACUGGUAUAUCAAAGGCCAUGGUAUGUGCUAUCCUGUCUGUGGUUUGGUGCAUAAAAAGAUGUACAUGUACUUAUUCGGUGGACUAGAGAAAAAUUACACCUAUUUCUUUCACUGUUAAUGAUCAGUUUAUUAACAUUGAAAUGGAAUUAUUGGUUUUAACUAGAAUUAUGUGCUCUGAAAUUCUAGGAUUUAAGUAAUCAGAGCUUGUAGAUUACUUGUCCCUACUAUUGGCAACCAUACUGUAGACUGCCAUGCUUCUGAACUAGUCAGUGUUGAAACAAUCUAGAAAUGUAUUUUGUACUGGUAUGUGUGUAAUAGGUCUACACAAUACAAAGUACCGGUUAUGUCAAAAAUUAUUAUAUUCUGUUACGUUUACAUGAAUGAUUAAAACCUUGAAUUUGAUUGAUAUAUCUUUUAAAAAUAUUUGUCUGUCUCUGUCAGUGUUUGCCUGUCUCUAUCUAUAAAGAUAAAUGUUUAAUAUUGGAGAAUAAUGGUUAAAACAUAAAAAUUAUUUUUUAUUUUUUGCAAUAUUAAAAAAAAAAUUCAAAACAUUUGCCUUAAUGGUAUAUACCAUUUCUACAGUAGUCAUUAUCAUCAGAAAGCAUAACUAGUUUAGCUUUAUUACAGUGUUUAUAUACCGAUGGAAAGAAAUAAGGGAACACAUUGAAUUGUAGACCAAAUGUAACGUGGGAUUGAAUGCCUGUAUGUUCCCAGUCAAAUUCUGACAAUAUCAAUUGAUUUUUGAUGCAGUCAUUAUUUCUUGUUGCUAUCUGUGUGAUCCUUUAUUUUUUUCCAUCAGUAUAUAUUUGUGUUCAUACAUGUAUGAGCUAUAGAACUACUAGAACUCUGUACGGGGACACAAACAAACAUGGUAAUGAACAUGUGAGAUUUGCAUAUCCUACAUUAACUUGUGAUUUAAUAAACAGCUUAAUAAAAUGCAUUUUAUCCUCAAGUGGCAAACAUUUAGUUUUUUGGGUAGAUGUUGAAACGAAUAUGUUUGGAAUCAUGUAUAUGUCCAUGUUCUGAAUGGACAAUUUGUUGUUUAUGAACUGUUACUCUUGUUGAAGAUAAAUUCAGUGUUCAAUAUAAACAUUCUUACUCAAUAAUAUUUCCGAAGAGCAAGUCUCAUUACAGUAAAUUGCUUUACAUGCAUGCCAGGCCAUGUGUUAUUACAUUUUAUAACUUGUAACUUAAUUUGGGAAGCAUCUAAACAUUUCACAAUUGACAUGAUCCUCUUUAAGUUUGCAGGUUGUUGUUUACUUUCAAUAAUUGUGUAUUUAUUUAAUGUUCUUUAUGGUAUUUCUUUGUUGCAGAUUAUUCAAAUUGUUAUUCAUCUUUUUAAAAAUGUUUGCUGUUGUUGGGUUUGUAUUCAGUAACAAAGGGUAUCAUGGCUUUAUUAAUUGUUUGCUGUUGUUGGGUUUGUAUUCAGUAACAAAGGGUAUCAUGGCUUUAUUAAUUGUUUGCUGUUGUUGGGUUUGUAUUCAGUAACAAAGGGUAUCAUGGCUUUAUUAAUUGUUUUGGGCAUUUUAUUUGUAAGAAUUGCUUGUUUUGAUUAUAAAUCUUUUAAAUCCUUUUGUUAAUUGCUUAAGUAGGAAAGCUCCGGGUUUUAAGUUGUCCUAGUUCAUGUAUACUAGUUUAUAUCAUUAAAUUAAUUUUAAUAUAUAUGGUUACAAGAACUAAUCAAAAAAAGAAGAGGUUUUGUUCAAGUUUGGUGGCUUAAAAAUAUGUCUGUGAUACACUGGUAUAUAUAUCUCACGAUGUAAUAAAUAGCUUUUCCUAUAUCAAUAUGGAUUUAUUCAACAUAGCUAUUAAUAUAUUACAUAAAUUAAUCAAAUGUUAUUAUCUUAUGUCUAAUUGAUCAAGCUGUGUAUAUUUAUGCAUUUUACUUAUUUUUGUUAAAAUACAGUAAAAAGGCAAUAAAAACACAGCAAAUUAA